GAGUUGAUCGAUAUGGCACAAUUAAAUUUGAAAUACUACCAAAAAAUGCAGAUGGAGUUUGCCACAGAAGACGUAAAAGACAAAGACGAGCCAGCGAAAAAUAAUGGUGACGAAAAAAAUGGUUCCACACCACAUGAAGAUGGAAAAAAUGGCUCUGCAACACUGGAUGGUGAUACAAAAAAUGAUUCCAUGCCACCUGGAGAUGGGAAAGCUGUCUCCACAACAGAUAGUGAAGGAAAAGAUGGUUCCAUGCCACAAGAAACAGAUUUGGCAGAGUCUGCUCAAGAUCAGGCAAAGGCAGCACCACAAGAAUAA